AAAAUCAACCAAGAACAUACAAAGCAGACUCAAAAUGCAGCAAAAUUCUUGCUUCUUGAUCCUCCCGCUGUCCAUCCUUCUCCUUUCCCUCACUUUCUCCGAUGCUAGAAAGGAUGCUCUCGCCGGAGGAUGGACGCCAAUCAAGGACAUCAAGGACCCACACGUGAUGGAGAUAGCGAAAUUCGCUGUCGACGAGUAUAACAAGCAGUCAAAGGUGAGUUUAAAGUUGGAUGAGGUGGUGAAAGGCGAGACUCAAGUAGUCUCCGGGAUCAAUUAUAAGCUAGUUUUGAAGGCGAAGGACGGAAGCGCUGUUAAUACGUAUGAGGCUGUGGUGUGGGAGAAGGCGUGGCUGCAUUUUAGAAAUCUUACCUCCUUUACCCUCGUCAUGGAUUAGAUUUUAUUAUAUGAUAACAAUAUAGAUGUUCAUGUAUGUUAUCAUUGUCCAUUUUUGAUAUGUAAGUGAUGAGUGGAGAAUAAAAUCUUGCUAUGCUAAUAUAUCCUUCGUUUU